AUGGCGAGCACCACCACCUUGCAGUCGCUGACCACCGCGCUGGUCCAUUGGCAGAACUUUGGCCUCUCGGCGCAGCGCGAGUCACUCGACUCUGCGGGCGAGAAGAUUGCAGCUAAUCAGGACGCCUCGUCUGCUUCGCGGAAGAGCCUAGCUGCUGCGACCAAGGCGUUCAACAAGUCGAGCGAGGGCAACGGAAAGGCGGAUGAUGGGGGAGAGGCAGGGGCGGGAGGAACAGAAGCGGGUGCCGGGGCGAGCAAGCCCAAGAGUAAGCCCAAGUUUGCUGUCCUCCUCCGCAAGUACCAGAAGGAGAUCGAUGCGCUGACUGUCCGCGCCCGCUUUGCGGAGAAGCACUUUCUCGGCCUGUACAAGGACCUUGCCGAGGUGCCUGAUCCUGCUCCGCUGCUGGAGCUCUCCAUCGCUGCUCUCCGCGACGCUGCUGCCGACAACGCUGCCGACGAGCUUGCUGCCGAGAACGCCCGCCUCCAGGCGGAGCUUCAGGCCAACGCGGCCGAGUUUGCCUCGCUCCGCAACCAGGACGUGACCAUUGCCCGCCUGGAGAAGGAGGUCCGCGAGCUCAGUGCCGAGCUCGACGGGCAGGUCACCGCCAAGUCGGAAGAAGUCGUCGCCGUCCUCGAGGCCGAGUACGAGGCCAAGGCCGCGCUGCUCGCCGAACGCGAGGCCCGGACCCGUGCCCAGAUGGCUGCCAUGGAGGAGGACUACGCUCGCCUCCGCGCCCAACUCUCCACCGCCCAGACCACCUCGUUCGGCGAGUCGCAGGCUGCCCAAGAGGCCGAUGACGUCCGCGACGCCCAGAUUGCCGCGCUCUCCGCCGAGCUCGGCCGUGCCAAGGCGCGCGUCAUGGCUCUCGAGGCCGAGCGCGCGGCUGCGGAGCGGACUGCAGGCACCGACGUCGGUGGCGCCGCCAGCGCCGGCGCUGCCUCGGACAUUGGUGUCCUUGUCGACCAGGUUGCCGCCCUCGAGCUCGAGCUCUCGCGCAAGGACGUCGAGAUCUCGGACCUGGUCGACGAGCUUGCUGCCGCCCGCGACGACGCCGCCGCCGCCGCCCGUGCCGCAGCCAGUGACCUUGCCCGCCUCCGCGACCAGCUUGUCGCCAAGACCGCAGAAGUCGACGAGCUUGUAGCCGAGAUGGCGCUCGCGCCGUCGACCGAUGUCGAUGCGCUCCUCCGCGAGCUCGCCCUCCUCAAGGGCAUCGAGUUUGGCGAGGAGACGCCGGGCGACGCCCCGCUCGAUGCCCUGCUCAUGGCCAAGAACAAGGAGCUGGAGGCCGGCACCGCCGCGCUCCGCUCCUCCCUCGCCGCUGCAGAGCGCGACGCCGCAGACAUCGCCGCAGAGCGCGACGCUGCUGCUGCCGCCCUUGCCGACAAGGACGCGCUCAUCGCCCAGCUCGAGGCUGACAUCCUCAACGUGUCGGCAGCAGCAGCGGCUGGCCCGCAAACGCCACGCGCUGCGCCCGCAGACGCCGCAGACGCCCGCGAGGCCGCGCUAGUCCAGGCACUGUUGCCCGGCUCGGCCGGCGAGGCCCGGAGCCCGGCGCAGCUCGCGCCGCCAGCAGAUGCAUUUGCCGUCGUCGUCGCACAGCGCGACCGGUUCAAGGCCCGCGUCCUCGAGCUCGAGACCGAGAACGCCACCCUUCACGAGCGGGUCCACACCGCCCGCGCCGCCGCCGACGCCCUCGAGGCCGACAACCUCGAGUUGUACGAGAAGAUCCGCUUCCUCGAGUCGUACGACGACAUUGCUCGCGAGCGUGACGCAACCAUGCUCCGCAUGGAGUCUGGCGAGCUUGGAGGCCCGCUCGCCAUGCCCGCAGGCACCGCAGGCACGAGCUCGGCAGCCGGCGGAGCAGGUAACGCCGGAGGAGGCACAGGUGGCUCGGCAGAGCUCCGUUACCGCAAGCUCUACGAGGACUCGAUGAACCCGUUCACCCUCUUCCAUCGCAAGCAGCGCGACUCGUCUUACAACGAGCUCAACGCCGCCGAGAAAGUCACCCUCAACACCUCGCGCAUCCUCCUCGGCACCAAGUUUGCCCGCACCUUUGUCUUCUUCUACUCGCUCCUCCUCCACGUGCUCGUCUUCUUUGUCCUCUAUCGCCUCUCGGCCUCGUCCUCAACCUGCUCCACCGCCUCGGGCGUGCCCUCGACUUUCCGCCCGGCGGCAACCGCAGGCGCUCUCAGCUCCGCAACCGCAACCGCAACCGCCCUCGCUUCGGCCUCAUCGUCGGCCUCGUCGUCGGUUGCCUCGGUCGCCGCCCGCCUCCUCCGAUGACGCUCAUCUCUCGCUGGCCUCACUUACGACCGUGUAUUGACUGACGCUACAGCGACUGCAGGUAUGCACGGCGCUCAUCAACUCGCUUCUUUCCGUGGCGGCGCACCAGCUUCUUGAGUGCCUUUGACGAGCCCAUGAGGAUGCGGGCAUCGUCGGCCGGCGAGAACGGGUCCUUGAUCUUGGCCACCAGCGCUUCACCGGGCUCGGCGCCGCGCUCGACGAGCUUGCGCAGGU